CUGCAGUGCAGGUAACGCGAGGUAGAGGCACCUUCAAUGUUAUCCACAGGACGCACCAGUUGUGUGGUGGCCAUAUAGGACGCUAUGCAUUAAUUUCUAAUUCGUCCCUACAUACCAUUUUUAAUGAUCACAAGAUCUACCCUGAGCCAUUCAUCCAAAUCGGGCGCGCCGAUCUUUUUGCGCCUUGCUGUAGUAGGCAGGUUACCUCUAUUAGUAUUUGCAGAAGCCACUUACAGUAACGUGUCCACGGUAUUCUGGACUACAAAAACCCUCAAGCUAUCUAGAAAGUUUCUGAGAUGGAUGAAGAGGAUAUUUUUGGGAGUCAUCCGGAGCCCAACGAGUUUUCAGUGGCCAACUUCGAUCGCACAUGCGACGCCUCUCGUGCGACACCUCAUCCAAACAGGGAGGAGAUCCUAUAUCAGAUUCUUCAAAAAACGUUUCGAUUUCAAGAAUUUAGGCCCAAGCAAUUGGACGCUAUCAAUGCAACGCUCGAUGGAAGGGAUGUGCUUGUUCGAUUCCCCACAUCGGGAGGAAAGUCCUUGUGCUUUCAGUUGCCAGCCAUCUAUGACUUGCAUAACAAACACGCAACAACUUUUGUGAUCCAACCUAAUGUAUCGCUGAUCCAAAAUCAGGUUGCUGCGCUGAGGAAAUUGCAAGUUGCGACCGAGAUCUUCGAGCCACGCAACACUCGGAGACAAGCCGAUUACUGGAAAGCUCUUGUUGAAAAUGCAAACAUCCCUCUCUGUUUCUUCACGCCGCAGAUGAUGCGAAUGAGUGAAUAUCUGAGAGAUGUGUUGGGGGAGCUGUUAUCCCAGAAUCGGAUUGCUCGGUUCGUGAUCGAUGAAGUCCAUCUUAUUCUUAAAGAUGAGAAAGGUGAACACGGGGAGGCGUUCCGGGAUUUGUGCAGUAUUCGAGCUAGUGAUCGCUUAGGAAUGCAGGACGUGGGUGACUUCGUCACCACUGAGAUUCGUGCAAAUCUUCGCUACUCCGUCGUUUUUCGAGAUGGAAUCUAUAUGAGAAACGUGAGACUCCUCAUCAAGUUUCUUGAAGAACAUAAACGAGAAAAAGGUCUCAUUUUCUGUCGGAGAGUGAACGAAUGCAAGAAACUGGCCAAGGAUCUUCAAGAAAAAAAUUGGUCAACGCAUGCAUAUUAUGCAAGAUUAAAAGAAAGGGACACAUAUUUGGAGGAGUUCACACAACCCGGCGGAGGCGUGAAUUUCUUGGUUACAACGAACGCACUGGGCAUUGGGGUGAAUCUCCCUAAUCUGAAAUACGUUAUACACUGGGAUCCCCCCUAUUCUUUCGAGGAAUACUUGCAACAGAGUGGUCGUGCUGGACGUAAUGGAGAGGCAGCAGAAUGUGUUCUCUUCUUUUCCCCUCACUCCAUGUCCCGGCAGCCCCAUGGCGCGCCCGAGCUCAGCGACAGAGAGAUCCAACAGCGUAAUCAUAUGAUCCGUUACGCGAUGAAUCGUAAUUGUCGCCAAACCUGCCACCCUUACGCCACUCAACAAACCCUCUGCGGUGUUUGCGAUAAUUGCGAAAGGAAGUCGCUCUUCGUUGAUAUGACAAAGUCUUGCGCAAGGACGCAUAUGGGAUCGGCAAGGGUCCGGGGUUCCGCACCAUCGACAUGGAAUUCUUCUUCAUGCGCGCUAUCAUGGAUGAAGUUUUUCGGGAAAUAAUCCUUCCUCUGGAUCGUUACGGGCAUGGCGAUGAGUUCAUGAGCCAGGUUUAUGUAGAACCGGGCGCCUGUGCACGAGAGAUAUUGCAGGAGGACGGACGUUACUUGGUGGACUUCUCUCCUCUUAACACCAAUUGGCCUUGAAAUGUAAUCGCUUAUCUCAAUGUGUUUGAUCGCUCCUGGAUUUAGACUUGAU